AAUGGUCGUCCAUUCUACUUGUUCAAGCACCGCAUGCUGGUGGAGAAUGUGGCUGCCAUAAAGAUCGUUGGAGACAUCUCCAUAAAAACCGCUAACAUGAUCGGGGGGGGAGAAGGAGGCGUGCAUCCAAGUCUAGGAAAGAUGGUUGUUGAAAGCAUCCCUCAUGUUGGGCCCGUCUAUGGCGGUUUGUGGCCGGGGAUGUUCGUGGUCUUCCGUGGAACAGUUCCUCAGGAGAUCAAAAGCUUUUCCAUCAACCUGCAGUAUGGACAGAUUGAAGGAUGUGACACAGCCUUACACUUCAAUCCCCGGUUCGAGCCCGAAGAGGUGGUGGUGCUCAACUCCUUCCGGAACGGCAGCUGGGAAAAUGAGGAGAGGCCCACUGAGAUGCCCUUCCGUAAGGGAGAGGACUUUGAGAUCGUUUUCGUGAUCACCUCAGAGGGUUACCAGGUGUACGUAAACGGUCGUUACUUCUGCUUGUUCAAGCACCGCAUGCCAGUGGAGCAUGUGAGUGCCAUUAAGAUAGUUGGGGAAGUCACCAUGAAAACCGUCGACAUGACUGAGCAAGGAAAAGGAGCACCUGAACUGCCACCUCCAGUGCCAGUGGUCGUUAGUACCACCCCACAGUUGGAGCCCAUCACUGGCGGACUGAAGCCUGGGAUGUAUCUGUACUUCAAGGGAACCGUUCCUCAAGAGAUCAAACGUUUUUCCAUCAACCUGCAGAAUGGGCAGAUUAAAGGAUGUGACAAGGCCCUACACUUCAACCCCCGGUUUGACACUGAAGAGGUGGUGGUGUUCAACAGCUUCAAGAAUGGCAGCUGGGAAAAUGAGGAGAGGCCCUCUGAGAUGCCCUUCUGUAAGGGAGAGGACUUUGAGAUAGUCAUAAUUGUCACCACCGAGGGAUACCAGGUGAACGUAAACGGUCGUCAGUUCCACUUCUUCAAGCAUCGCAUACCGCUGGAGCAAGUGAGCGCCAUUAAGAUCGCUGGAGAUGUUGCCAUACAGAGCAUCAACACGAUUCAGGGAGGACCGAAACAACCAGGUCUGGGAAAGAUUGUGAUUAGUAAAAUCCCACAUUUGGCACCAGUCUACGGCGGUUUGAGACCAGGAAUGUAUCUGUACUUCAAGGGAACCAUUCCCCAAGAUAUCAAGAGGUUUGCCAUCAACCUGCAGUAUGGACAGAUUAAAGGAUGUGACAAAGCCUUACACUUCAAUCCCCGGUUCGAACCCGAAGAGGUGGUGGUGUUCAACAGCUUCAAGAACGGCAGCUGGGAAAAUGAGGAGAGGCCCUCUGAGAUGCCCUUCCGUAAGGGAGAGGACUUUGAGCUGAUCUUCUUCAUCACCAGAAAGGGAUACCAGGUGAACGUAAACGGCCGUCAGUUCCACUUCUUCGAGCACCGCAUGCCGGUGGACCAAGUGAGCGCCAUUAAGAUUGUUGGGGAAGUCACCAUGCAAACCCUCAAUAUGAUCGAGGGAGGACAACCUGUGGAUGCAACUCCAGGCGAAGGGACGAUUGCAAUUAAUAAAAUCCCACAUGUGGGGCCUGUAUAUGGCGGUUUGAGGCCAGGGAUGUCUCUGUUCUUCCUGGGAACAGUUCCUGAAGACAUCAAGAGGUUUGCCAUCAACCUGCAGUAUGGAACGAUGACAGACUCUGACAUAGCCUUCCACUUCAACCCCCGCUUCGAGCCCUCAGAGGUGGUGGUGUUCAACAGCUUCAAAAAUGGCAGCUGGGAGAAGGAGGAGAGGGUCAAUCGCAUGCCCUUCCAACCAGGGACGAACUUUGGGCUGGUCUUCAUUGUCACCAAAAAAGGCUACAAGGUGCUCAUAAAUGGCGAACAAUUCUACGUGUUCAAGCAUCGCAUGCCGGUUCAGCAAGUCAGUGCCCUAAAGAUCACUGGUACCAUCUUCAUUAUGGCCGCCCGCAUGAUUGAGGUAGAAGAUGUAGACGAAGAAGAAGAACCCAAGGGCGAAGAAGAGGAACCAGAAAAAGAAAAGGAAGAAAAGAUUGUUCCUAGCAUCCCACACGUGGGGCCCAUCUCCGGUGGUCUGAGGCCAGGGAUGUCUUUGUGCUUCUCUGGAACCAUUUCCGAGGAGGCCAAUAGGUUCAGCAUCAAUCUGCAUUGUGGGGACGAAGAAGGCUGUGACAAUGCCUUCCACUUCAACCCCCGAUUUGAGCCUUCAGGCGUGGUGGUGUUCAACACCUUCCGGAACGGCAGCUGGGAAAAUGAGGAGCGGGUCGAGGACAUGCCCUUCCAGCCCGGGGAUAACUUUGAGCUGGUCUUCAUUGUCACGUCAGAGGGCUACAAGGUGAAAGUAAACGAUCGGAAGUUCUACUUGUUCAAGCACCGCAUGCCAAUGGAAAAUGUGACCACCAUCAGGAUCUUUGCGGAUGUCUCCAUUCAAACCAUCAACAUCACAGAGGGAGGAACAGGAGCCAUGCAGGGACGUCUUACUCAAGGAAAGAUAGUGGUGGAUAAAAUGCCAUUUGUGGAGCACCUGCACCACAGCUUGAAGACGGGGAUGUACAUGUACUUCCGAGGAAAGGUUGAUGAUGACAUCAAAAGGUUCCACAUCAACUUGCAACAUGGAGACAUGAAAGGUUGUGCAAAGGCUCUACACUUCAACCCCAGAUUCAAGCCCAAUGAGGUGGUGGUGUUUAACACCUUCCAGAACGGCAAAUGGGGAAAAGAGGAGAGGGUCAAUGAGAUGCCCUUCCGUAAGGGAGAGGAGUUUGAGCUGGUCAUCAUUGUCACCGCAAAGGGCUACCAGGUGAUCGUAAACGGUCGUCAGUUCUACAUGUUUAAGCACCGCUUGCCAGUGAACCAAGUGAGUGCCCUAAAGAUCGCUGGGGAUGUCUCCAUGGAAACCAUUGACAUGACCGAGAUAUGCCUUCAGGGAUAUCAAGGUCGAUACAAGAUGGCGGUGACUAAAAUCCCACACGUGAGCCCCGUCUUGGGUGGUUUGAGGCCAGGGAUGUAUCUGUACUUCCGGGGAACAGUUCCUGAAGAGAUCAACAGGUUCCACAUCAACCUGCAGUAUGGGCAGGGCAAAGGCUGUGACAAGGCCUUACACUUCAACCCCCGGUUCACGCCCGAAGAGGUGGUGGUGUUCAACUCCUUCCAGAAUGGUGGAUGGCAACAGGAGGAGAGGUCCUCUGAGAUGCCCUUCCGUAAGGGAGAGGAGUUUGAGCUGCUCUUCAUCAUCACUUCAGAGGGCUACCAGGUGAUCGUAAAUGGUCGUCCAUUCUACUUGUUCAAGCACCGCAUGCUGGUGGAGAAUGUGGCUGCCAUAAAGAUCGUUGGAGACAUCUCCAUAAAAACCGCUAACAUGAUCGGGGGGGGAGAAGGAGGCGUGCAUCCAAGUCUAGGAAAGAUGGUUGUUGAAAGCAUCCCUCAUGUUGGGCCCGUCUAUGGCGGUUUGUGGCCGGGGAUGUUCGUGGUCUUCCGUGGAACAGUUCCUCAGGAGAUCAAAAGCUUUUCCAUCAACCUGCAGUAUGGACAGAUUGAAGGAUGUGACACAGCCUUACACUUCAAUCCCCGGUUCGAGCCAGAAGAGGUGGUGGUGCUCAACUCCUUCCGGAACGGCAGCUGGGAAAAUGAGGAGAGGCCCACUGAGAUGCCCUUCCGUAAGGGAGAGGACUUUGAGAUCGUUUUCGUGAUCACCUCAGAGGGUUACCAGGUGUACGUAAACGGUCGUUACUUCUGCCUGUUCAAGCACCGCAUGCCAGUGGAGCAUGUGAGUGCCAUUAAGAUAGUUGGGGAAGUCACCAUGAAAACCGUCGACAUGACUGAGCAAGGAAAAGGAGCACCUGAACUGCCACCUCCAGUGCCAGUGGUCGUUAGUACCACCCCACAGUUGGAGCCCAUCACUGGCGGACUGAAGCCUGGGAUGUAUCUGUACUUCAAGGGAACCGUUCCUCAAGAGAUCAAACGUUUUUCCAUCAACCUGCAGAAUGGGCAGAUUAAAGGAUGUGACAAGGCCCUACACUUCAACCCCCGGUUUGACACUGAAGAGGUGGUGGUGUUCAACAGCUUCAAGAAUGGCAGCUGGGAAAAUGAGGAGAGGCCCUCUGAGAUGCCCUUCUGUAAGGGAGAGGACUUUGAGAUAGUCAUAAUUGUCACCACCGAGGGAUACCAGGUGAACGUAAACGGUCGUCAGUUCCACUUCUUCAAGCAUCGCAUACCGCUGGAGCAAGUGAGCGCCAUUAAGAUCGCUGGAGAUGUUGCCAUACAGAGCAUCAACACGAUUCAGGUGAGGAGGAGAAGCGUCCAUUCUUCUUUUAAACAUCCCGUCAUAAAGUGUCUUGCGUAG